UUGUGGGCGUGGCCGAGACCGGCGCACUAUGGGGGCGUGGGGAUAAUGUGCUAUUCGCGAAGGGCACUUACGUUGUCCCGGCUGCGCAAAUCCUUGUCAGACGGGGAGACUUACGUCAAAGAACUGGAGAGAGCUGCUUUUUUUUUUUUUUUUUUUUUUUUACGGGCGAUCGAUCGCUCUCUCCCUGCUUCCCUGUUCCCAGGUGAGGUCAACUGGAUCAGGACAGGAGGACAGAGGGAAGGAGCAAGUGACAGGAGAGCUAUGGCCGGCAAGGAGAACGAGCUGUGCGAGAGCCUCAUUAUCUGGUUACAGACGUUCAACACUAGCGCUCCAUGUAAGACUAUCGGGGACCUCAGCAGCGGCGUCACUAUGGCACAGAUCCUUCACCAAAUAAUUAUUGUCCAUACUGUGCCAUAUAGAGCUGAUCACACAGACCUGUUGUCUCCUACCCAUAGCGACAGCUCACACUUCGAUGAUUCCUGGCUGGCUCGUAUUAAAGAGGACGUGGGAGAUAAUCGAAGGAUAAAGAUCAAUAACCUAAAGAAGAUCCUGCAGAGAAUUGUGGAUUAUUACCAUGAGGUUCUAGGUCAACCAGUCUCGGAAUACCUCCUUCCUGACCUCAGCCAGAUUGCAGAACACUCUGACUCCAGAGAGAUGGGGCGCUUCCUGCAGCUCAUUUUGGGGUGCGCUAUUAACUGUGACCAGAAAGAAGAACACAUCCAGAUAAUAAUGACCCUGGAAGAGUCCGUGCAGCACGUAGUUAUGACUGCCAUCCAGGAGCUGAUGAGUAAAGACAGUGUGGACUCUCCAACUAUAGAGUCGCCCGGAGAUCUAGAACUGCAGAUGAAGAGAACUUUGGAAUUACUUCAUGAAGCUGUAGCAGAAAAAGAGGAACUGAAGCAAAGGUGCCGGGAGCUGGACCUUCAGGUGGCCGGCCUCCAGGAGGAAAGGAACAGUUUACUGGCUGAGAACGAGUUCCAGAAUGAAAGGCUAAACCAGUUAGAUCCCUUUGACGAGUCCAGCACAGUGGUGACAAAGAAAUAUUUCCAGAUACAGCUGGAUCAGUUACAGGAGGAGAAUUACAGACUGGAAGCGGCGAAGGAUGAAUACCGGGCUCACUGCGAGCUGCUGGAGAAACAGCUGAUAGAGACGCAGAACAGGAACGACGAGUUGGCUAAUGUGGCUGAGGAAUCCAGGGCGCUGAAAGAUGAGAUAGAUGUUCUCAGAGCCACCGCUGACAAGGCCACUAAGCUGGAGUCCACGAUGGAAUCGUACCGGAAGAAGCUGGAGGACUUCAACGACCUGCGCAGACAAGUGAAGUCCCUGGAGGACACCAACCUAAUGUACAUGCACAAUACAGUGAGCCUGGAGGAGGAUCUGAAGAAAGCCAGCGCCGCGCGCACUCAGCUGGAGACUUAUAAGCGGCAGGUCCAGGAUCUACACACUAAGCUUUCCAUGGAAACAAAACGAGCUGACACCCUGGCGUAUGACAUGAGCCGGCUACAGGAGAAGCAGGACGCUCUUGUGAAAGAAAAAGAGAGGCUGAUCAUCCAGCGUGACGCCCUGAAGGAAACCAACGAGGAGCUGAGAUGUUCCCUGGUACAGCAAGAUCACCUUAAUCAGUCUGGGGAAUCUGGUUUCAAAAGCAAAGACAACCUUGCAGCAGAACUCCUGCCGGUGGAAUAUCGGGAGAUGUUUAUUAGACUCCAGCAUGAGAAUAAGAUGCUGCGUGUGCAACAGGAAGGUUCGGAAAACAAGCACAUCGCAGAUCUGCAGGUGCAGCUGGAGGAGAAACAGCGGAAAAUGAGCGAGCUGGAGACCGAGAACCGGCUAACCCUGGGUCGCGUGGAAGAGUUACAGCUGCAAAUUGCAGAUCUGCAGAAGACCUUACAGAACCAGGGAACAGAAGCAGAAGGCACAGGAUCCAACACACUGAAAAUGAAAAUAGAAGCACAGAUGGAAAAGUUGAAAGAGGUUAAUGAUGCUUUGGAGACCAAGAAGGAAUUACUGGAUGAUCUCAAGCCGGAUGCAGAUCAGAGUGCUCAGCGAAUUGAGGAGCUGGAGGCCGCACUGCACAAGAAGGACGAGGACAUGAAAGCAAUGGAGGAUCGAUAUAAGAUUUAUCUGGAAAAAGCAAGAAAUGUAAUAAAGACUUUAGAUCCUAAAUUAAACCCAGCCUCAGCGGAGAUUAUGUUACUGAGGAAGCAGAUGACAGAGAAAGACCGCAGGAUCGAAAUCUUGGAGAGGGACUGUGCGCAGGCAAAGCUACGUGAAUACGAGGAGCAGCUCAUAGUGACGGCAUGGUAUAACAAGAGCAUCGAGCACCAGAAACUGGCCAUGGAGUCUCGCUUGGCUGGACGGGGAGGAAGAGAUUCUGGGGCAGGUUCCUCGGGAAGAUCCUUCCUGGCUCAGCAGCGCCAUGUCACUAACAGCAGGAGGAGCGCAGCCGUCACCGUGCAUUCCGCCUCUCCUAAUUAAGGUGCAGAAGACACGACGUACACACUGAAGUGCACUUACAAGUAUUUUAUCUGGAAAAAACCCUGGUAGUUUUUUGAAAGAGAAGGCGAUGCAGGUCAUCGGCUCGCGUCUCCCCCUUAUGGACGUUUUCUCAUGAAAUUCAUUUGACAUACGCAACCCGCCGACUAAUUCUAAGUCCAUGGGGUUUUUUUUUUGUUUUUCAUGGGAUUUCUUAAAAACAGAAUAUAUAUAUUUAUGUCAUAAUAUGUAUUGUAUAUAAGGAUACUGAGAGAAUAUAUUUGGACUCUGUA